AAAAUGAAGCUACAAUAUUAAAAAUAUAUAUAUAGACACUCAAAAUAUAUAAUUUCACAUCACAAUAAUGAAUACCACGGACGAGCAAUCCUCUGUCGAUUCGGGCCUGAAAGCUGGUGGAUGGUCCCUCAAGGCCCGAAUAAGCCGCGAAAACACGAAUUCAAGAAGAUUUUCAUCGUCAAGCUUGAAGAACUCGAACAUAAUAGCCAUUUCCAGCACUGCUUCUUCUCCUGGCUACACAUUUAGAGAUGAAAUAGACCCUUCAACAUAUUCAUUCACCACUGCCCUUAAAGCAUUGCAGGCGAAAACUGUGUACACGUGGGAAUACUUAUCACCGGAUGGAGGAUUAACACUGAACUCAAAGUGGAAUGAAGCAGAGAAAUACAUAUGUAACCCUCUCUCAGGGGAAGUUCCAUUGGAGUGUUUAUCAGCAAAAACACUUAGUGGCAGAUCCGUAAUUAACAACAACAAUAUUAUUACUACAAGCAGAAUUACUAUGUCUGCUCCACUCAUAUAUCCUCCUCCUCAUUUAUUUCACCCCAAAUCUCCAAUCACUUCUAAACAUCAUCAUGAAAAUGAAGUCAAAUUCACAAUCCAAGAAGAAAAGAGGAGAGCAACUAGAGAUGUGGGAAUUCAGAGCACGCCGCCGCCGCCGGCUGAGAAAAUGAGCUCCGGCGGCGGCAGCCCUAGUCCAGCUCCGGCGACACCCUCGAUCGAAGAAAGAUCGAUGAAGCGAAAUACCGAGAGUACAGAAACUGAAGAAGAUUCAUCGUCACCUGCUUCCAGUGAAAAACAGAAAUCAUCCCUGCAGGCAGAGAGCAAUAUUGAGUUAUGUGUAUUAAUAUCGGAUAUGGGAGAAAGAGGAGAGAGAGAAAGAAAUGAAGAAAGAGGAGAGAGAAAGAAAAGAGGGAUGAUUAUUAUUUGCUGCAUGUGGAGCCGACGACGUCGUCUAGGAUGCCUAUCAUCGUUCAAGGGUUUGUGGCAGAAGAAAUCAAAACAAAACGACGACGACCACAACGACAACAACAACAACAAUAAUAAUAAUAAUAAUAAUCCCUCUUCACCUACAUUUCUACGCCAUUUUAAUGCUUGCUAUAAACAAUAAAAUAGAAAGUUUAUUUUCUCCAUUUUCCAGUUAUGUAGUAAGCUUUUUGAUGUGUACUGGAUGUUGUUUGUACCACGUAUUUAUUUAUUUAUUUUUUUCGAAU